CUUGUUCAGAUAAGGUGGGACCGGAGGAGAUUUGAACCCCCCACCUGACCAAUAACCAGCCGGCUCCACCUUGGGAGGAUUCCUCUGCUUAUAGGAGCUCGGCCGUCUGGGAGCGCCGUUAAAGCCCUCUGGCAGCGCCGCGGUGCAGACAUGCCUUCGGCGGGACUGGAGAUCGUCGGCGUGGCUCUGGCCGUCCUGGGGUGGGUGUCGGCCAUCGCCUCCUGCGCCCUGCCCAUGUGGAGGGUGUCGGCCUUCAUCGGGAUGAACAUCGUCACGGCCCAGACCACCUGGGAGGGCAUCUGGAUGAGCUGCGUGGUGCAGAGCACGGGCCAGAUGCAGUGCAAGGUGCACGACUCCAUGCUGGCGCUGAGCGGCGACCUGCAGGCGGCCCGCGCCCUCAGCAUCGUCUCCAUCCUGGUGGGGGCCGUGGGGCUGCUGGCGGCCGUGGCGGGGGCCCGGUGCACCACCUGCGUGGAGGAGGAGGCGGCCAAGGCCCGGGUGAUGCUGGCCGCGGGUGUGGCCUUCGUCCUGGCCUCCCUCACCCAGCUGGUCCCCGUGUCCUGGUCGGCCCACUCCAUCGUCACGGAGUUCUACAGCCCGCUCGUCCCCGAGGCCCAGAAGAGGGAGAUGGGCGCUGCAGGACGACCCGUCAGCAUGUCUAUAGGCUUGGAACUGAUCGGUAUUUCCCUUUGCAUCCUGGGAUGGAUCAUUGCCAUCGUGGCGUGCGCCCUGCCCAUGUGGCGGGUGACGGCCUUCAUCGGCAGCAACAUCGUGACGGCCCAGAUCAUCUGGGAGGGCCUGUGGAUGACCUGCGUGGUGCAGAGCACGGGCCAGAUGCAGUGCAAGGUGUACGACUCCAUGCUGGCGCUGUCGCAGGACCUGCAGGCGGCCCGCGCCCUCACCGUCAUCUCCAUCCUGCUGGCCAUCCUGGCCGUGCUCAUCGCCGUCGCCGGGGCCAAGUGCACCAACUGCAUGGAGGACGAGGCGUCCAAGGCCAAGGUGAUGAUCGUCUCCGGGGUGAUCUUCAUCACCUCCGGCGUCAUGCAGCUGGUCCCCGUGUCCUGGUCGGCCAACACCAUCAUCCGGGACUUCUACAACCCGCUGCUGACGGACGCCCAGCGCCGGGAGCUGGGCGCGGCGCUGUACAUCGGCUGGGCGGCGGCGGCGCUGCUGCUGCUGGGCGGCGGGCUGCUCUGCUGCUCCUGCCCGCCCAGCCAGACCCGCUACAGCCAGUCCCGGAUGGCCUACUCCGCCUCGCGGUCGGUGGGAGGCCCGGGGCUGGAGAGGAAAGACUACGUCUGACUGAACCCCGCACCAACGUGUUUCUGACAAGACAGGAAUCAAGAAAGCUUUCACUUUUCAGUGAUAUUAAUCAUCAAAGAGGAUCUUUGUCUUUCAGAGACAGAAACUACACAUAAGGGACAUCUGUGCUGAUAUCUUACAGUUCUGUCUUUUUUUAAAAUCAGUAUAUUAUUUGCCAUCAUCGUAUCCCAAAUUAGCUUGUUAUUGUUUACAGCUGAAUACAUUUACUUUGCUAAAACCUUCAUAAAGCCCUACAGUGUGAUAAAUGUGGAGACGAUGCUGUUAUGGCUGUGAGGAGUUACCUGUUGUACAUACAGGACUGUCUCAGAAAAUUAUAAUAUUGUGAUAAAGUUCUUUAUUUUCUGUAAUGCAAUUAAAAAAACAAAAAUAUCAUACAUUCUGGAUUCAUUACAAAUCAACUGAAAUAUUGCAAACCUUUUAUUAUUUUAAUAUUGCUGAUUAUGGUUUACAGUUUAAGAUUAAGAUUCCCAGAAUAUUCUAAUUUUUUGAGAUAGGAU